CUUGAACAAAUUUAAAUGUGCAUAACUGGUAUGUUAAGUAUCACGACAAAAAGCGCACGUGGAGUCAAAUGCAAAUAGGUUUUCUGACAAUAAAGAUACGGACAGAGAUAAGAAAAUAUUUCAAAAAAGUCUAUAUCUACAUGUUGCAUUCGUUGUGCAAUUUAGAAGAUCGCAAGUAUCGCCGAAGUAAUGGAAUUGGGCAUGAAAUUCGUUUUCUUCUCAAUAAUACUUAUUACAUUAUUAUCGGAAGCAGAACUGAAUCCAUCAAAGAGAUCUAUAUUCUUUAACAAAAUUAACAAAUCUUUAACAAAUUUUCUGCUCAACUUUCUCUUCCCUAAGGAACCCGGUAUACUAAGGGUAAAAAACUCGGAAGAAGCCAGAGCAGUGAAUAAAGUGACCACGUUAGAUUUUAUGGGUUUGGUGGAAAGACAUGGCUAUCCCAGCGAGGAACAUUACGUUACAACAGAAGAUGGAUAUAACUUGAAGAUACACAGAAUACCUGACAGUCCUCUGUCUAAUAAUAAACAACCUAAAAUAGUUAUGUUGUUUAUACACGGUAUCUUGAGCUCAUCCGAUAGCUGGGUGCUGUUUGGUCCCAAGAAAGAUCUCGCAUUUCUAUUGGCUGACCAAGGAUACGAUAUAUGGUUUGGAAAUUAUAGAGGUAAUUCUUACUGCAGAUCACAUGUAAAAAUGUCUCCAUAUGAUGCCAAAUUUUGGGAAUAUAGCUAUCAUGAUGUAGGAACAAAAGACUUGCCGGCUACGAUCGACUAUGUACUUAAUUACACAAAAUCCGAAACUCUAUAUUAUAUCGGUCAUUCGAUGGGAACUACCUCAUUUUUCGUCCUACUAUCCACGAAACCUGAAUACAAUGCAAAAAUAAAAUUAGGAACUUGUCUCGCUCCAGUUGCCUUUUGGAAGGAAACGUCUCCUGUAUUCAAAUUCUUCUUUAAUUUAACGCCGCAGAUUAAGGAAUUUCUCGAUAACAACAACAUAUAUGAAUUAUUUUCGUUAUCAUCAACGAGCAUCACAGCAGGAAGAAAAUUGUGUGCAGAUGAAGCAAUUACUCAAGCUUUAUGUAUUACAAUAUUUUCCUUAAUCGCAGGAUCCGAUCCGGCACAAUUUAAUACCACGGUAUUUCCGGAAAUAUUGUCGUAUUAUCCAGCCGGCACUUCCUUGAAAUCAUUUGUGCAUUAUUAUCAAAAUGGUAUUACAGGCAACUUUCAAACUUUCGAUUACGGAAAUCUGGGCAAUUACGAGCGAUAUAAACAGCUAACACCUGUGAAAUAUAAUGUAAAAAAAAUUACUGCACCCAUAGCUAUGUUUUAUGGCGAUAACGAUCCGAUUACUUUGAAAUCAAAUGUCCUUCAAUUAUAUAAACAGUUACCAAAUGUUAUUCUGCUGGAAGAAAUUCCAUAUAGACUUUUCACUCAUAUGGAUUUCUUGUGGUCCAUCGAUGGAAAAGCUUUAUUAUACGAUCGCGUGAUAGAAGUUAUGCAGGAGUUCGAAUCAGGUUCCAAUACCAGUUUUAGGUGAUUCAUAGAUAUCUGUCCAAAAAUGACAACAACUAAUUAAUUAAAAGGUCGAGGAGCUACAAGGAGAACAAGUGAGCUACAAAUUUAAUGAAUUUGCAAGUCUGUAAUGAGAUUCAGCGACUGAGAAUUUUACAUCGAUUAGUCAAUCGACAUUAGUCGAUUGACUAAUGUCUUUCUCUUAGAUAUUUUAUAUAUAGACCAAGGUAUUUAGAUCCACCUCAAACAAGAUAUAUCUAAAAAGCGUCUUGAUAUGGUCUUACAGACAUCUUUGAUAUAAUAUAUACUAUUUUGAUAUAGAUAUAUACUACUUUGAUAUAGACCAAUUUUUAUAAAAUAUCUUUAGGUGUCAUAAUAUUCCCUGAUAGAUUACUUGAGACGAUUUAUAUAAGAUCUUGUAUUGAAAACAAGGAAAAGUAGAAAUUAAUUAUAAUAUAUAUGUGCAUAGGCGUGUAUGUGGAUUAGGAGAGAUUUAAUUAAAAUUAAAUAAUA